CUGGCUGGCUCCAGGAAGGGUGGGUAAACUGGCAAUUAAACUGGCCAAAGAAUGUGUGUACAGGGCAGAUGUGGUGGUGCAGGAAAAGCUAAGCCAGGAAGGCCUUCACCACAUCCGUUACACACUGCGCCGCCAUCUCCCCGACAUCUUGGAAAUUGAGUUCAAGAACAGUUCCUGGAAGCCAGCCCACUGUGCAAUGCAGAGGGCUUGUGGACG